GCGCCGCGCGCGUGCCAUUCACGUCCCUUCGCGCGAUCGCGAUCGACCAUUUAUUCCUUGCACUCUCCGUACGAUUCCGCCGUCUUUCUCUCCAUACGAAAUCCUGAAUAUAGGUUCUCAGAUGUAGAAGGACGAUAAGGUCGAGAAGAAUUUAUUCUUGGCCUCGCUAUUUCUAGUAAUGGUUACCUUCAAUAUCAACUAAUCUUCGAUUAACCUCAAUCCUGACUUCUUGACUUCAGCAAUUCCUUCAGCGUUAUCUUUAGAAUUUCAAAUGUUUUUGCAUUAUCGAGCUAUCGAAGUGGACCAGUGUGAAGUGAACGUUGAUAUUAAAUGAUACUGAAGUUUGACGAGCGUCCUGAAUUGGAGGCGGUGGUAUUUAAUUAAUAGACGUUUUAACUUUUCUAUAUCUUGUGUUUUUGUGGUAUAUGAAUAAAUAUUGAUGUAACGUGAAAUGGCAACAGAAAAGGACUUAAUAAAUGCUGUGAGGGAAUCACUGAAAGCUGAUGGAGAUCUUGCUCGUAUAAAGGCAGAAAUGCGCACAAAAGUGAUAAAUCUACUCGACUGUUCAAACAAAGAUAGUAAAUCAAAGGUCGUUAAAUCUUCUCAUGAUAUUACAUUCCUCAAUGAACUUAUUAGAGAAUAUUUAGAUUGGAUGGGAUACAAGUAUAGCUCCACUGUAUUUAUUGCAGAAUGUGAUCUCCCAAAACAGCCCUUGGAUCGUACUCUUCUUGUGCAAAGUCUAGGAGUAAAAGAUAGUGAAAGAAGCAGAAAUUUACCACUGUUAUGCAACCUCGUGCAAAUAUUCGCCAAUUCAAAGAGCACCUAAAGCAAAAUGAUAAAUGACCACGCAAUAAGCAUAAAUUAUUUUAACGUCCAAUAUAAUUUUUAAAUGUUAUUUAUUUCUCUCAUGUAUAUAUUACAUACUAAUUACUUGGAUAUGCCUCUUUAUAUACAAAUAUAAGAGCCUUUUGAGCACACAAACUAAAA